GGCUCAGGCGGCUGAUGCACCCUGCUGCUGGGGGUCUGCAUCCCUCUGCUACAUCGUGCCCGCCGCUCCGGGUGAGGUCGGCCUGGCAAAAUGGUGAGCUGCUUGGGGCCCGCGCUGGAGCCUUUCUUCGCAGACGCCGGUGACGAGGCGCUGAUGAAGAGGCGGGGCAACGAGGAGGACAGGCAGGCGUGCGAGCAGGGGCCUCUCGCACUCUGCCUCUACGACGAGGCAGAGGCCGUACGCGUGAAGUCGCCACCGCCGAGGGCACGCCGCGAGGCUCAGGAGUCGACCGUGGCCUCGCUGCUCCUGUGCGCCCUCACGGACGCGGGCGCAGAGCCGGAGGGGCAGGUCGGGAGGCCGCAGGCGACGGACUCGCUCCUCUUCCGGGGCCUGUACGUCGACGGGGGCCCGAGGCGGAGCAAGGGCCGCAGGCGGAGCCGAGGUGCGGACAGGGCGGGCAAGGGCAACCCGCACCGCCGCGACGAGGCGCCCACCACCGCCCCGGCCAGCCUCGACGAGGGCUGCGACGUCGCCCCAGUGAUGCACGGCCCCGCCAGCAAGCCACGCCAGGCGGCAAGCGCAGCGCGGCCGCUCUGCUGAGGGGUGCUUUCUCGUGGUCGAAGGACAUCAGCAUCAUCACCAUCAUCAUCAUCUUGGCGGCCGCCGGUGAUCGGCAGCUCGGGCGACCCUGCCACAGCCCACCUGUCAGGCCUGAAACACUCUGGUCCUGAAUGCUCUGACCUCUCCGCCGGCUCCCUGAUGGCACACCACGAGACGAUGGGUGGACGUAUCCCCUGCUAGAGGGGGAUGGAGAGUGCAGCGGUCCCUAUCUGUGGGUCGUCCCUCCCGUGGGUGCGAUGCCGCUCACCAAGGAGGGGGCGGCCUGGGUUGCUCGGGUGCCCUGGCCUCUGGCUCCCGGGUGCGGCGCCGCUCCCCGGAGGCGGCCCGGGGCUCCCUCCCUGUCCUCUUAUGGCGGGCAGCGGUCGUUACAUCCAGGCCAGGCAUCCAGACCCCCUCGCGCGGCGACAAGUCGCGCCGGGUGGGGUUUUCGCUCUUCUCCGCCUCCGGGGGCGGGCCCCUGCCGGGCCUCUCGGGGCGUCACAGAACGACGCGGGGUGAAGAGCUGGUCCCGGGGAAUGGGUCGA